GUGUGGCAGGUGUUGUGGGCAGUAGUAAAAGCUACAGCUUGUGGUCAGCUGUCCGGCUGGGGUAGAGGUGUGCACCCGGGCGGAGGAGUGGCCAGGGGUGCUGAGGGCACGUCUGGGAGGAGCUAUGCCAUAACUGGAGCGGUGAUUGGCUGGCCCGUGGGGUAGACUCCUCCCACCUCGGCUACACUCGGCCACGCGCGUCCCGCCCCAAGGCUGAGGCUGCGGUGGUUUCAGUGUUUUGCUGAGCGGCGUGUGUGUGUGCCAUGAGUGAGCCAGGUCACCGGCGGGCGACCUGACCUGAUCAGUGAGUGAACCAGGCCAUCAUGGGUCACGGGGCGCGCGCGCGAUGCCACUGGUGGGGCUCGGGAACCCCACACCUGUGCUGGAAACAGGUGUACACCUGUUUGAUCAUUUUGACCGUGUUGAGUGGGUCGUUUGUGCAGUGUUGCGGGCCUGGUCGCGGCGGGGGUCGGCGGCGCUCCCCCCGCAAGCUGAGGCCGCUCGUGUUCAAGCAACAUGUUCCCAACGUGUCGGAGAAGACCCUAGGCGCCUCAGGUCUGACGGAGGGACCCAUCACCAGAGACGACCCUCGCUUCCAAAACCUCGUUCCUAAUUACAAUUCUGACAUCAUCUUUAAGGACGAGGAAGGCACUGGAGCCGACAGACUAAUGACAGAGCGGUGUAAGGAGAAGCUCAACACCCUGGCCAUCAGCGUCAUGAACCAGUGGCCGGGCGUGAAGGUGCGGGUCACCGAGGGUUGGGACGAGGAGCUCCACCACGCCCCUCACAGUCUUCACUACGAGGGCCGUGCCCUUGACAUCACCACCUCUGAUAAGGAUCGGUCAAAAUACGGGAUGUUGGCGCGUCUGGCUCGAGAGGCGGGAUUUGACUGGGUGUACUACGAGUCCAGGUCUCACAUCCACUGCUCCGUCAAGUCUGAAUCCUCAGCGGCGAGUAAGCUGGGCGGAUGCUUCCCCGGGCGAGGAGAGGUGACGACUCCGACGGGCCGGGUGCCAGUGUCAUCCAUCCGGGAGGGUGACGAGGUGCAGGUCAUGCGGCCGGAUGGCACUCUGGCCUUCAGUCCUGUCCUCAUGUUCCUGCACCGAGAUCUUCUCAUCUCCCGCUCAUUCCUCACACUCACCACCGCCAGUGGCGCAGCUCUCACCCUCACGCCCUCACACCUCAUCCUCCUGCUUCAAGGUUACCUCUCGCCCUCGCCCACGCCUACUGUAGCGGAGGCUCUGGAGCGCGGCGGUGUGGUGCUGGCGGGAAGGGUGGAGGCGGGAGACUUCCUCCUUGUUACAAGCCAUGGGAAAGUGAGGCUGGAACAGGUGGUGGGAAUUCGGCACGAAAUCGGGGAAGGAGUCUUCGCCCCUCUUACGGCUGAGGGCACGGUAGUGGUCGAUGGACUCGUAGCCUCCUGCUAUGCCGUCAUAGACUCCCAGGCGAUAGCUCACUGGGCCUUCCUGCCCGUCAGGCUGUACAGUAAUCUGAAGGAGGCAGUUCUAACUUUGCUGCGAGCUCUAGGUGCCCUCACACCCUCCUUGCCAACUAAACCAGUUAAAGCUUAUAAUGAGAGACGUUUGUUCACCGGGAGCAAUAACAGCGAGCGGUGGCGGGAGGACGCGCACACCAAGAGCGUGAAGACCGUCCACAUCCACUGGUAUCCUCGUCUCCUCUACACUCUCGCCUCCUGGCUCCUACCCGCCCACCUCGUCUAUUCCUAGUGAAGCGGCGGCUCUUGUCAUUGCGCCACGUGUAGUGAAAUAAGCGUGUGCGAAGCGCUUAGUCCGCUGUUUAGAGAAGCGUGUAGUAGCGAGGCGAGGGUUGAGCCCAGAUUGCUCGUGCUGUGCCGUGGGAAGCUUCCUGCCUGUGUUACGUCACCAACAUAAAGCACCAAAACUAUGUUGGUCGUGGAUAUGCCCAAAGCUAAAUUCUAAGCGACAAGGAUACUCCCACCUAAUUGAAUAUGUAUAGUGUUUAUGCAAAUGACUGCCAGAGUGGUGUGCGCUUUCGGAUAUCUGUGAGAACAGAAAAAUAAAACUAUUUACCACAGACUUUCCUAUGCAGCACUGAGGAGUGCUUACAGACAUCUUCAUGUUAAGCUCACGAGAAACUUAAAUACUUAAAGCUUUAGAGUGAACAUAAGAGACAUGUGAAAAUCCCUUGUGAGUGCUGUGAGAGCUUUGGUGAGCGACUUCAAGACCUGAGAACCCUGUUUAAAAGUCGAUAGCAAAAAAGCGAAGCUUGGGACUUAAUUGCGAAUUUCCGUAUUGAGGCCGGGGAGAAGUUUUCCUCACUCAUGGAAGACUUCUACACCCAAGAUGAGUGUCGCUAGUUUACAGAGGACUUCAAGGCUCGGUGAGACUGAAGUUUGGUAUAUAGACAUCGCCGCACACGACGAGGAAAGAGCGAUUUCGAAGAAGGUGGAGAGGCCCAGGCUGAAUUUAACCUGGAUCAAGGCUUGUGAUAGCCAGGGCGGCCGCUGGCGCCCGUGGCCCAGAAAUGUUAUAAUCUCAACGAAGACGUGGAGGAAUGUGGUACUCCGUACAUUAUGGAGGGUGGAAGAUGGGUGACUGCAUGUAUUUAGAAUUUACGUAUGAAUGACUGUGACUGUGUGAGUGGAGUGUUACAUGGCCAGUUAAUAGUCAGUCUCAUACAUUUACCAGUUCUCAACUUUUAAAAAUUGUGUGCCAUAGUCCAUAAAGAUGCAUUGGCUACGUGGGCAUGCUUGGUUAGUAGUGGUAAGCCCCUAUUUUGGGCCUCUUUCUCACCCACUUCAUCUCCCAAUUUGGGCCCCUCCCUACCCCACUAUGGGCCCCUCCCUACCCCACUAUGGGCCCCUCCCCACCCCAAUUCUUCAGUCCACAUUAUGUUCCUUCUCUUCCCAGCCGGCGCCACAUGCUACCAAUCCUCACUUUUCUUCUUUAGAAAUCCCCCUUCUUUCCUAGGCCUCAUUUUUCCUUACUAAUCCCCAUUCGUGACUAGUCCCCAUUCUUCCAGACUAACACAAGCUUUCCUCAGACAAUCUUUAACGUUCUCCUCAGACCAGGAAACUCCAAGUGGAAAGCUUACACAGUAUCCGGAGAAGCGUUGCGCGUCCAGUGUUUCUGUAGAGCUCCCGCGUAGCUCUCGUCAUGUUCAGUAACCGCUUGUGUUCUGUAUGGCUUCCUGUAUGAACUCCUUGUGUACAUAUGCUGCAUAAAUGUGUAUAUCAUAGUUGUAAUAAUUUACAUAGCUGUAAUUUAUGUUCUGAAUAAACUAUAUAUCGUUGUU